CACAACUAACAACGCUUGCCCUAACCUGUUUUUCAAUAUGUUUCUCGCAUGGGAUGUUGCUGCUGCGUGCUUAGCUGCCGCUGCUGCCAUUUUAGUGAUCAAGAAGCGUAACGAUGCGUUACUGAGACUACCUCCUGGACCACAACCUGAGAUUCUGUUUGGGAACGCAAGACAAUUGCCGUCGUCUAGAUCAUGGGAAGUAUAUACUAAAUGGAAACAGAUUUACGGCGACGUUGUUUAUGCUCGAGUCUUCGGUCGCUCAGUUGUCAUUCUCAACUCCAUCACAGCAGCUCGUGAUUUGCUGGAACAGAAGGGUAGAACAUUUCUUGACCGGCCGUCCUUUCAUGCUUUCCACAUGAUGGGAUGGGGACAUACCCUUCAAGUCCUGCCCCACGGACCGCGACUUAAGAAAUAUCGUCGUAUCAUGCAUCAAUAUUUAGGACCUCAAGGACUUAUGGCAAUUAGACCUAUGCAAGAGCAUGAAAUUCGUAAAUUCCUUCGUCGCUUAUUGGACGAACCGGACAACUUUAAGAGGCAUAUACACAACUUCAUUGCAGGGAUUGUCCUGUCUAUCGUGUAUGGACAUGAAGUAGUGUCCGACGACGAUGCACUAGCACGACUUAUCGAACGUGCAGUGCACAAGACAGGAGAAUUUGGUAAUUUUGGGACAACGUUCUUUGAUAUUUUUCCGUUCUUACGAUAUGUGCCCGCUUGGUUCCCUGGGAUGAAGGCAAGACGGGUGAUAAACGAAAUUCGUGAGCUUGUGGACUCUGUUAUAACAGAGCCCCUAAAAGAGCUAAAGCAGUUGAGGGCUUUAGGCACCGUCAAACCAUGCAUGUUAUCUGAUCUGCUAGACAAUCACGACGAGAUGGAUGUAUCUGACCUCGAACAUGAACAAGAUAUCAUGAACAUCGGCUUGUCAAUUUACAGUGGUGAGCAUCAAUGUUUUACAAAGUCAUUACUUAUCGGAUUCUUCUUGCUCAUGACCCUCCAUCCUGAGGUUGCAAAGAAGGCCCAGCAAGACAUUGACCAGGUCACUGGUAAAGACCGCUUGCCUACCCCCGACGAUAGGAAGCAUCUGCCGUAUAUCGACUGCAUACUGAAGGAACUAUAUCGGCUUCUUCCACCGAAUCCUAUCGGCGUUCCCCACACAUCCAUGGAAGUUGAACACUAUCGCGACUGGAUACUUCCUGAAGGAACGAUGGCGCUUCCAAAUAUAUGGAUAAUGAUGCAAGAUCCGACCGUAUUUCCGAAUCCAAGUGCCUUUCUUCCAGAACGUCACAUGGAGAAGGUGAAAGCAAACCUCAAACAAACGAAGUCAAACAAAAUUGCGAACGAUGACACGGAGGACAUCGCAUUCGUUGCAGCGGAUGACCCAAGCACUCUCGUAUUCGGAUUUGGGAGAAGAGGUUGUCCAGGGAGAUAUUUUGCUGAUGCAAAUCUAUGGCUUGCGGUGGCAAACAUUCUAGCCAUGUUCGACACAAAGCCCUACACAAACACCGUAACUGGAACAGUUGAGCUUCCGAAGCUCGAGCUCGAGAAUCAAGGAGCAUUGGCGUGA